AUGCUAGAGAACCUGUCUCCCUUAUAUUCCGCAGCGGAAAACAUCCUAGAAAUUGUCGCGCCGGUAAAGGCUUCGAAAGGCGAUCUGCGGAGUAUUAUCAAACAAAUUAGAGCAUCCACGUCAAGAACCGCGAAGAGGUUUGCGAUCAAGCAAAAGGCGAUUGAGCCUUACAUAGAAGCGUUCGAUAGCCGAAACAUGAUACGCCGCGACGUAGUCCUGAAGGCAUUUUUCCAUCCUACGACGGUUCAGGAUCUCGAUUCGCACCCAUGGAGACCCGACUUAAUCCUCUACAAGGCCAACCUGGCCAUCAUGGCGAAGCAGCUCCUCAGCCUCGAUCGAGACGACACGGGCAGCUGGGAUUCUGUACGUGAGCUCGACAAUAGCUUUCCUCUCCAAUUCUUGUCGACUUUCCCGGCGUCUGAUACAGACACCGCAAUUGGAUUUGUUGGCGGAAGCCGCCUGUUGAAGGAGACAUUCACGUUUGCGCUCGAGCUACGGACUCAACUAGCUAUAAUCUUGCUCUCGGAGAAAUACGAAGCGUUGUCCCGCAGCCCACACAAUGCUGUUGCCCAACUUUUCGGCGCUGCUGCAGCUGGCGAAGAUUCGGCGCCUGUCGAUAUCGUUGAGGGAAGUCAGAUUCGUGGUUGGGGUAUUGAAGCCUUAUGUGAGUCGAAAGACCACAUUCCUCGGAACUUCACUAGGCAGGUGACCCAGCGAGUCAACGAGAUCAAAAGCUACUUCACAGGAGACGAGGAGUAUACUGUUGAUUAUGAGGGCCUCAGCGAGCGGUUUCCUUGGCGGGAGUUCGUGGCGCAAGCCCUGGAGUGGAUAAGAAUGCGGAACAUGGAAAUCGAGGAGCAGCUGGAGCACGCCGGUGGUGUGGAAAGACUCAGCUUCCUGCUCGAUCAAGAGCUACAGUCUGGCCAGAAGCCAAGAACGUCUCUUGGCGGAGCAUCAACUGCAACGGCGGUGUCUACUUCCGGGCAGUCUCCACGGAGGUCACGGAACUCCGGAGUGUCGCCGGACGGUCAAUUUGAAGAAGCUGGUGACCUAGAAGUAGCUGAAGCUAGCAGCAGACCCCCGGACUAUACCACAAGUGGUAUUUCCGCUCUCAAAAAACGAGCGGCUCGUCUGACAGGCCAGUUUAGCCAGCCUCCGUCAGCCUCGAAGGAGCCCCGUUUCGAGGAAGAUCUAGUCCCAGCCGACCCUGUGGAUGACGAUUGGCAGGCUGCGCCUGUUGAUGACUACGACGAUAUCAAUGCGGAUGCUCCCCCGCCCCCACAGCAGCCCCCCAAAAGCUCAUACUCCGCCCAGGUCAGGGAACUGCAGGGGGAAGAAAACCGCAGGGAUGACGCACCUGGCUCAGCACAGAAACCUCGAGCGUUUACAGAUCGUCAGCCCAAUGCGCGAAGAGUCUCCUUCGAUGACGGCUUUGACGCUACGCAACGCACCCAAAGUUCUGCUCAAGCAGGGACGCCGCCACGCAGUAGUAUGAAGCGGGCUCGUGUCGACGAAUCGGCGGAUUCCGACUAUCGAGAGACCGGCGCUGAUGCAAGCGAUGACGAAGAUUUCGAGACUGACAAGCGCAACAUCAGCUCACCACAACGACGCCGUCAAGCACAACCCAGGCAGCGCCGCCCCGUUAGCGAGGAGUCUCGUGUAUCUCCCAACAAACGUCAACUUACGGGUGGCCGUUACCUCUCGCAAAGCCAAGUUACCAUCCUCAACUCCGAUGCCGAUGAAGAGGCACAACAUGAGGCCCCCCAAGCAAGUCAACUUCACCGUAUGAGGAAGCAGAUGGUGAAACGCAAGAUGAUGCACCGGACGAAACAGCAGCGAGAGCGCGCCUUCUGGACAGUAGAAGAAGAGGAAGAGCUGCUCGACUAUCUGAAGGAGUACCGAGGUCAGGCUCCCUCGUGGGCUGAUAUCAAAGCAUUGGAUCAGGAGAGAGCCAAAGAAGAAGACAGACCAGAAGUAUUUGCACUGCGAACCCAAGUUGAUCUCAAGGACAAGGCGAGAAACAUGUUGAUACUCUACAUAAAGUCAGGCUCCGGUGCGAUACCGCAAUGCCUUGCAAGCGUCAGGCUGGGCAGGUCUAAAAAGGACGAGUUAGAAAGAGCCGGCUUCGACGUAAGCGAGAUCCCAUAG